GCUUUGCGGAGGAGCCGGGAAGUUGUAGUUCUUCACGGCCCAUGGACAUCUUUAGGGCUUAUUAUCGACUAAUAUGAAUUAAACUACACGUCCCGACGUCACGGUGUGGGGGCUCCUGUAAAUGUUGUGAAUAUGUAAUUGCGCCCGCACGACUGCUUGCUGCUAAAUUUGGCGUCACAGACAGUCAGGGGCAGGCUGGCACAGUUGGUUCGGUGGUCUCUCGCUCGGAUGUGAAGCGUAAAAGGAGGCUGGAGGAGAUAUACAGAUUAACGCGCGACAACGGGGAAGAACCUGAGAUCCUCAGCGGUGGAUGAGCUGUGCCACGAUGCGCCAAAAGUUGAUGCUUCGUAGGGGAAAUUAUGAAAAUUAAAGAUUGGCGUUAGUUUAAAGGGAUACCAUUGAGUUUUGUGGACAGACAAGAAGGAAGAUUCGUCUUCUACAUCAUUUUUUUUGUUGUCAAAGGAUGUUUCUACUUUUUACAGAACCUGCUCUUAGCCAGCUCAGCGGCUACUGACUGACCUUUUACGCACGGGGGAAAAAGCGCCUCGCGCAUUUCUUUCUUUUCCUUUAUUUAUCUUUUCUUCUUGCGGAUGAACUUUACGAGGCAUUUUUAAUGAUCCGAGAUCUGAGCAAGAUGUACCCGCCGGCGCGGCAUCCGGUGCCACACCAGCCGGGGCAGCCGUUCAAGUUCACCGUCACCGAAUCCUGUGACCGGAUCAAAGAGGAAUUUCAGUUCUUGCAAGCCCAGUAUCACAGUCUGAAACUGGAAUGUGAGAAACUUGCCGGCGAGAAAACUGAGAUGCAGCGACACUAUGUAAUGUAUUAUGAAAUGUCAUACGGGCUGAACAUCGAGAUGCACAAGCAGGCGGAGAUCGUCAAGCGCCUGAACGCAAUCUGUGCCCAAGUCAUCCCUUUCCUCUCCCAAGAGACAGUUACUCUGACUGGAAAGCAUCAGCAGCAGGUGGUGCAGGCAGUGGAAAGAGCCAAACAGGUCACCAUGGCUGAACUCAACGCCAUCAUAGGACAGCAGCAGCUCCAGGCUCAGCAUCUCUCCCAUGGCCAUGCCAUUCCAGUCCCGCUCACCCCCCAUCCAGCAGGUCUGCAGCCCCCUCUGCCCCCCGGUGCCAGUACUGCCAGCCUGUUGGCUCUUUCAUCAGCACUUAGUCACCAGCUGCCACUCAAAGAUGAGAGAAAACACAGCGAGAACAACAGUGAACACACAAGAGACAGAGACUCAGUAAAGAGAUCAUCUGUGUCUCCAUCUGCCAGUUUCCGUGCCGGAGAGAAACAUCGGAGUUCCAGCGAUUUUUCAUCCGACAGCAAGAAGCAGAAGACAGAUGACAAGGAGCUGACCACCGCCCGCUAUGAAAGUGAUGGUGAAAAGAGUGAUGACAACUUAGUGGUGGAUGUCUCCAACGAGGAUCCUACAUCUCCACGAGGAAGUCCCACCCACUCUCCUCGGGAGAACGGAUUGGACAAAAGUCGGCUGCUAAAGAAAGAUGCCCCCCUGAGUCCCUCCUCUGUCGCCUCCUCUAGCAGCACACCUUCAUCCAAAUCCAAAGAGAUUAAUUUGAAUGAAAAAUCUACAACCCCUGUGUCUAAGUCCAGCACCCCAACAUCCCGGUCGGAGGCUCCCACACCCAGCAGCACCUCCACCCCCGGUCUGAGGCCAGCACCCAGCAAACCCUCAGGAGCCGAGCUGCUGGCUCCCGGUCUCCGCACGCCGCUUGCAGUGCCCUGCUCGUAUCCCGGACCGUUCGGAAUGGUCCCUCACCCCAGCAUGAACGGAGAGCUGAGCGGAGCAGGCGCCGUAUACACCGGCCUGCACAACAUCUCCCCGCAGAUGAGCGCAGUGGCCGCCGCUGCUGUGGCGGCCUACGGACGCACACAAGUGGUGGGAUUCGAUCCUCACCAUCACAUCCGUGUCCCAGGCCUUCCUCCCAGCUUGACGGGAAUUUCUGGUGGAAAACCAGCUUAUUCCUUUCAUGUGAGCGCUGAUGGACAAAUGCAGCCUGUGCCUUUUCCUCCAGAUGCUCUGAUUGGCCCCGGCAUCCCACGCCAUGCACGGCAGAUCAAUACUCUCAGCCACGGAGAGGUGGUGUGUGCUGUCACCAUCAGUAACCCGACUCGUCAUGUCUAUACCGGGGGCAAAGGCUGUGUAAAGGUGUGGGACAUCAGUCAUCCGGGCAACAAGACCCCUGUAUCCCAGCUGGACUGCCUUAACAGGGAUAACUACAUCCGUUCAUGUCGGCUGCUUCCGGAUGGACGAACGCUAAUCGUCGGGGGCGAGGCGAGCACUUUGUCAAUUUGGGAUUUAGCUACACCAACUCCUCGAAUCAAAGCAGAACUGACUUCAUCUGCACCAGCGUGUUAUGCUUUGGCCAUCAGCCCUGACUCCAAAGUCUGCUUUUCCUGCUGCUCUGAUGGAAACAUUGCUGUCUGGGAUCUUCACAACCAGACUUUGGUUAGGCAGUUUCAGGGCCAUACAGACGGAGCCAGUUGUAUAGACAUCUCUAAUGAUGGAACCAAACUGUGGACUGGAGGUCUGGAUAACACAGUUCGUUCCUGGGAUCUUAGAGAGGGCCGGCAGCUGCAACAACAUGACUUUACUUCCCAGAUCUUCUCUUUGGGUUACUGUCCGACGGGCGACUGGCUGGCUGUGGGGAUGGAGAACAGUAACGUAGAGGUUCUGCACGUCACCAAACCUGACAAGUACCAACUCCACCUGCAUGAAAGCUGCGUGCUCUCACUAAGAUUUGCUCACUGUGGGAAAUGGUUUGUUAGUACCGGAAAAGACAAUCUGCUCAAUGCCUGGAGAACCCCAUAUGGAGCCAGCAUUUUCCAGUCAAAGGAGUCGUCCUCAGUGCUGAGCUGUGACAUCUCCAUAGAUGAUAAAUACAUCGUCACGGGCUCAGGAGACAAAAAAGCGACGGUCUACGAGGUCAUCUAUUAGGAAAGCUGGACUUUGAGGUCAUCCUUUCAUAUAAAGUCUCCAUCAUCAGUAAAAAAAUAUUCGAUCAAUAAAAACAGAAACACUUUCUGGGACCAUGACACUUUGACCCCCAUGGUUUUGAUUGGUUUUGGAUCAAAAUGAACGAAGCACAGAGAUUUUUUUUUUAAUCUUCUUUUUAUUUUUAAGUGCCGUUCUGUUGGUGCAAGUAUAAAUAAAUGUCCAUGUGCACUAAGUCUGGAUUGGCCAGAUAACAUUCCUUUAUGUGACAUUUAACAUAAGCAUCUCUUAUAUUUGAUUGUUUACAGCAUUUAGACAUAUCUAGCUUUAACCUUUAGGUGGUCUGAAUGGCACAUCCUUAAUAGCAAGUUUUUAUUGUCAUAUCUGUAUAGUUCCUUUGCCUGAUUGCGCCUCAAAGAGUUGACACAUGCCUUUAAAGGGUUCAUAGCAAUUAUGCACAUACAAACCUGUUUUAAGCAACUGCAGACACUUACCAGUUACCGAUAGAUACGUGUAAAAAGCGUUUAAAUUAUUAAAUCUUUUACUGAUCACAUAAAAAGAGAGAUUUCCAACCUUUCAUAUAAGUGGAUUUAUUAAGUGGGGUAAAAGGAUGUUAAAAAAUUUUAGCUUUUAUCAAACUCGCUGGUGACACAAGUAUUGGUUCCCCUCUAAUCCAUUAAAAAAAAUGUAAAUUAAGCUUUAAAAAUGCUACUUGCUGAGAAUUUAUUGGAGCUUGUAAUUUGUAACCCAUGACUUUCUGUUCCCCCCUGAUUAUAACUGUAAAAAACAUUUAAACCAGUCUCUUUUAGGCACUGAACACCAGACUGGACUACAAUCCAUGUUGAGCUUACUAUCAACACACAGUGUGCAGGUUGGGAAGAGAGGUUUCCUACUUGAACUUUAAAAAAAAAAAAAAAAAAAAAACUGCUGCAAAAUAUGCACCCACCAUGUCUCCGUAAGAGCCACCAGACAAUUUCUGCAUGUUUGGGAGUGAUGCUGUUAAUGCCUAAUCCUCCCUACCCUCGCAAAUGUGAAAGUCUGGGGUUUGCUAAACUUUACUGGAAAAUUAACCUGAACCACAUUCUUUUGUCAGAUGACAUUAAGGUUGAGGUUUUUGGCAACAAGCACUCCAUCUUGGUUGUGCAUUUGACAAAGGAUGAAUAUGUGGAAAAGCACGUCGUGCCUGCUGUUAAGUACUGUGGAGAAACUGGGAUGCUGAGGGUCUGUUUCUCUCCCAAAAUCCCCUGGAACCCUUGUUAGAGUGCACGGCAUAAUUGACUCUUUUAAAAUACACAGACAUUUGAAAUGAGAAUCUGGUAAAAUCUACCAAUAGUGUCAUUAGUGGGUCAUUCAAGCCAAUCUUGAUCCAAAACGUAGGGAAUAAACAUGGAAGUUUUUAACCAGGCACAAACUGAACCUUCUUCCGUGACCUAAAUCCUCUAGAAAAGAUGUGGGGAAGAAAGCAGAAAGGAGGAGCCAGGCCUCUUAACUGAUCCAGAGAGACUGUGCAAAGUGUCAAAGGUCUCUCUGCUUCACUGUAUGCUCCAACCUUGUGAAAACUUGUGAAAGGGGAUUGUACAAAGUAUUGACAGCAGGAGUACCAAUAUUUGUGUGUUUGUUAGAGACAUUCUCAAAUAAAAGGUUGGAUUUUCUUCUUUUUUUUCCCCACUGUUAUUCCACUGAGUUAUGCUACCACGAUAAAUGAUGAAGUUGUUUUGAAGCGUUUUUCCCAUUUUUACCAACGUUGCCGGCAAAUGUAAGUGUCUGUACAUAAGAAAAUUUUUUUAAGGAAAAAAAAAAAAAAGAUUUUAAUAACAUGUGUUUCAAAGGCAAUAUGUUCACAUUCGUUAUGUUGAUGCCUUUUGUUUUCCUUCAAUUUUAAAACUGUAAGCAUUUUCUUCAAUAAUUGUUAGAAAAGCCUUUCUACAUGUAAAAAAAAAACCCAUCAACGGUUAAUUUGAUUACAGUUGCAUGCUGAGGGGUGCUUUUUGUGGAAGCUGUCUUGAAAAGCUGUCUUAAGAUCUCUGAACUCCAUCAAUGACUGAGAAGAAGAGGCGACAUUUUGAACAAAAGGCGAGCUGACCUUCGAGGAACGAGGUUUGAAAGAGAACGCUGAACACACACUGACACAGACUUGUUGUGUAAAGACCGGUUUGCCUAAUUCAAAAAUAACAAGCUGUCUGCUGUACAGAAGUGUGUGAUGUAUUUAAACUGUAUUAUCUGCACUUAUUAAACAAACAUAUGUAAAAAGAAAAAAAAAGAUAUAAUGUGGUUACAAAUUUCCUUUUUGUAUUUGAACAGAUGAGACUUAUUUUCAGUUUUCUAUUGUUUAGGAUGCAGCUUAUGCUUAUUGCCUUCAGUAUUUUCUACCAGUAUUUUUUUUUUCUUUCUGCCUUUUCUCUGUGAUUCAGCUUCAGGUCGGGAGUUCACACACGUAUGCGUGCUUUGUGUCUGUGUUUCCAUCUUGUGGGCGCUUUAUGAACAAACUACAGCCCCUCAAGGUCCUCACUCCUGACUGACCUUUGCACUUGGUUCUGACUGCCGGUUUGGACUCCUGUGAAUGCUCUUUCGCUCUGCUCCGUUAGUUUUUCUGUAAAAACGGAUUUAUCUGUGUUUUGGAGGUCAGCUUGCCAUUUUCCUGAACUUGGUUUUCUGUUCUUGGAUUUUUUUUUUCUUUUCUUUUUGUAGCCAAAAAAAUAAAAAUGAAAAAAAAUAGUUGGCGAUAGGAUUUAUUUUGGAUUUACUUUUGUUAGCUUCUUGUAAAAAAAAAAUUAAAUAAAUAAAAAAUUACCGAAAACAAACAAACAAAAAACAACCCAGUGCCUUUAUGAUACUACACUUCUUGGAUCCCCUCCCCUGCUGAUUGUUAAGUAGCAGCCAGAGCUGGAAUAAUAAAAGUUUUAAGACUUUUAUUAUUAUAGUUAUUAAUGUAACUAACUAUGGUUGUUCCAGUGUAAACUUUUAUUCUUCACUCUGAUGUAAUCCUUUAGGCAAUUGUGAUAUAUCUUGUCCAAUUUGAGUAUUUUUAAGAAAUUUCAAAUAUUCAUCACAGAUUCCAUGCCAAUUUUACUUUUAUUUUCAGAUUGUCUGUGUAUUUAGUGCAAAAACAUGGAAACUAACAGAAGAUUGAGUCAUCAAACAUUGGCUAUUACAUCAGUGGUGUAGUAUCUGAGCAUGUCACUGAGGCAAUAUGUAAAUCUGAUAAAUACGACCCAAAACUAUUAUUUCAUGUGUUUAAUCCCCCAGACAAGCCUACCUAAACUACCUGUAACCCUUUAACACUUACAUAUAGAUCUAAAGAUUUUGAGAGUCUGAAAAAAUAUUCCACAAGUAGUAACUCAUCUUGUAGUUUCAAAGCAAGUCCUUAGUCUCUGCACAAAAUUAUUUGGUGUUUUUCUAUAAUUUACCUUAUAUUACAAUCCUUCCACACCAUAAAGAAAAGGUUUAAAGAAUUUAUUAAAAGCGCCAAUUUGAUAGAGGAGGGCAUUUAUACCUGUGAUGAGAGCAUGUAAACAAUGUUAAAUCUGCUUUUUAAAGUCAUGAUCAUUUCUGGCAUUGCAAAGAAAAAGAAGGUUUUCUUUUAGUAACAGAUGAAAGAGAAAAUUUACCUCAACAGCUGAAUUUAUUCUUUAUGUUUUUUCUUUACUGUAGGUACCUCAGCAGAUUGAAAAGUAUAAUUAGUUGAACAUUUCAAAAAUAUAUUUUGUGCCAUUUCUCUGUCUUUUACACUGAGCAUUCUGUUAGUAUUAAUUUGUGACUUUGCAUCAUGCAGUUUAUGUUCUGUACUAUCAGCGGCAGAACUUUUACACCUAAAACAAAUGAUUCACUUUGCUGUCAUUCUCUGCUGUUAAUCAAAUCUAAUGGUUCUCUGUUGAACGGCAUUAUUUGCUGCUUUUAUCCUGAAAAAAAA